ACACACAUAUAAGUAUACGACGAACAUACACAGCCGUGCAACGGACGCUCUCGACAAACCAACAUAAUACGAUUGUCAGCCGCCAUUGAAUUUGGUUAUCCAUACUCGUGUGUUAGUAACGCUUGUUACCUAGUUUUGCUCUUCGAAUUCUGUAAAUCUUCGUCGCGUUAUGGCGAAUCCACAAUAUUCUACUGGUCAAUAUGGUGGUGGCGGUGGUGUAGCUGGUGGAUAUGGUGGAUAUCCAGCAUAUGGUGUUCCUCCUCCAGGCCCCCCUGGUUAUCAACAAGCUGGUGCUCCGCAGUCACAACAAACUCAACAACCUCAAGGCUACCCAGGAACUGGUGGCUGGAACCAACCACCACCACCGCCUACAGCUUCAAAUCAAGGUGGUGGAUAUCCUGCUUAUGAACAACCUCCACCAAGUUUUAGACAGCAAGGAAGCCAACAAGGAUCUUUCAAUGGUUCAAGCGGAGGUAAUGGUUAUGGUGGACCUCCUUCAAGUGGAUAUGGUGGACCUGGCAGCUUUGGAGGUAGUAGACCAGAUCGUGGUAGCGGUGGUGGAUAUGACUCUGGCGGCAGGGGUGGUUUUAACAAAGGUAGUGGACCUCCCAAUGAUCGUAGUGGUGAUUUUAUUAUCCAAGAAGACACAAUAUUUGUUUCGGGAAUGUCUACUAAUACUUCUGAAGCUGAUAUUGAACAACAUUUUGGUUCAAUUGGCAUUAUAAAGAUGGAUAAAAAAACUGGAAAACCUAAAAUUUGGAUGUAUAAUGAUAAAUCAACUGGAAGGCCAAAAGGAGAAGCAACUGUUACAUAUGAUGAUGCUCAUUCUGCUAAUAGUGCCAUCUCAUGGUUUAAUGGAAAAUCAUUUAAUGGAUCCACAAUAAGUGUUCAAUUGGCUACAAAGAGGGAUAAUUGGCAAGGUGGACGUGGAGGUGGUAGUGGUGGCGGAGGUGGUCGUGGAGGAUCUGGUAGAGGCCGUGGUGGAUAUGGUGGAUAUCAAAUGGAUGAUCCUGUAUCAGAUGAUCCAUCAGAUGGAGGGUUCUAUGGUGGCCCUAGAGGUGGCAGAGGUGGUGGAAGAGGUCGUGGUGGUGGUAGAGAUGAUCGUGGACCACCCCCAGAUCGUAGAAGAGAUGAUCGUAUGGGUGGUGGUGGUGGUAGAGGAGGUGGCCGCGGUGGUGGUAAUGAUUCAGGUGGCCGCGAUGGUGAUUGGAAAUGUUCUAAUCCAACUUGUGCCAACACAAAUUUCUCUUGGCGUCAAAACUGCAAUAGAUGCAAUGAGCCAAGACCAGAAGGAUUUGGUGAUAGUGGUGGCAGACGUGGAGGAGGUAUGGGAGGUGGACGUGGAGGCCCACCAAUGCGUGGCGGACGUGGUGGUGGAAUGGGUGGUGGUCGUGGAGGACCUGGUAUGGGUGGUGGUCGUGGAGGUCCAGGUGCUGGUGGAAGAGGUUUUGGCGGCGGAAGAGGAGGACCUGGUGGCCGAGGUGGUGGUGGACGUGGUGGUGGACCAAUGAGAGAUGAUAGAAGAGGAGACAGAAACCGUCCUUAUUAAUAUAAUUUUAAUACAUAUUAAACAAAAACUCAAAUUUUUAGCUAUCUAAUAUUUUUUUUAUACAUUCUUUUAUUGACAAAAUAUGCCUUGUGUAUUUGUAGCUAGAUACCUAGACUAAGUAGAAUAAUUCAGAAGUCCAUGAGUUCAUCAAUUAUUAUUAGUUUUUCUUUUUUGUAAAUAAUAAGGUACUCAUAUGAUGUGAUGAACAAGAUUUCUGUAACCAUGUAUUUGUUUUCUAUUCUAAAUAUAAUGAAAAUCGUAAUUUUUUU